AUGACGAUUAAGUUAGUCAUUGGAUGGUUCACCUUGAACAUUAUUAGUGCCUAUGCACUGCAAGUGGUGUUGGACGAUGAGAUAAAAAGGCGCUUUUGGAAGGACUUGGAUGAAGUGGUGGUCAGUAUACCACCUACUAAGAAGCUAUUCAUAAGAGGAUAUUUUAAUGGGCAUAUUGGGUCUAUUUUGAUAGGCUAUGAUGAGGUGUAUGGAGGUUUUGGCUUUGGGUGCAGGAAUGGUGGAGGGGCCUCACUCCUGGAGUUCGCAAAAGCUUUUGGAUUAAUAGUGGCCAACUCAAGUUUUCUAAAGAAGGAAGAGCAUUUGGUAACCUUUCGUAGCUUGAGGAAGACGAUGCAAAUCGACUUUUUGCUCCUUAGAAAAGAUGAUAAAAGCCUCUGUAAAGACUGCAAAGUCACACCAAGUGAGAAUCUUAUGACCCAAUAUAAGCUAUUGGUCAUGGACUUGGAGAUAAGAAGGAAGAAGAAGAAAAGGGUCGUGGAUGAUCGGCCGAGGAUUAGGUGGGGUCGUUUGACUCCGUCUAGUGCCCUAAAUAUGGGGGAAAAGCUGAUGGCAAUGGGGGCAUGGGAUAGUAGGGGGGAUGCAAGCAUUAUUUGGGAUAGGACAGCCAGCUGUAUUAAUGAAAUAACUAGAGAGGUGUUGGGGGUCUCAUGA